CGCAGCAGAUGAUCCCCAGGAAUCCAGCGCUGCUGCUGGAACAUCAGCAGCCCCUCCCGAGGCCGCAGGGGGCAAGGCCACCAACAGGACCUGGGGCAGCAUUUUGGGAAGCUCGUGUCACCCAGCCUGGUCCCUCACCAAUGCCCUGAUGGUGCAGGAGGUUCGGGCACCCCACGCGCACCAAAGCCACCGUCCAGCAGCAUGUUCGAACUUGAGCUCUCCGAAGAACCAGGCGAGGAGAAGGCGGCCGCGGUCCUCCCGGCCGCCUGCAUGCAGCAGCUGGCCAGCAGCAAUUGGAAGGAGAGGUUCUCCGGCUUGGAGGCAUUUCAGAAGGCGGUGGAAGAAAUGGAGAAAAGCCAAAUGCCCUGCCAGGCCUUGGUGAAGCUGCUGGAGAAGGAGCCGGGCUGGGAGGAAACCAAGCUCCCCGUGCUGCAGAAAAAACUCCACCUCGUCGCCCUCAUUGCCCGGAAGGGAGACUUUUCCCGGGCGUGCGCUCAGGUGGUCUUGCCUGGGCUGGUGGGGAAAGUGGGGGACGUGAUCUGCGGCGGGGAAGCCAAGGGAGCCCUCACGGCCGUCGCCGAGGCGUGUGCCCUGCCGUGGACUGCCGGGGAGGUCACCUCCCUGGCUUUCUCGCAGAAGCAUCCCAGGACCCAGGCGGAAGCCCUGAACUGGCUGGCGAAGGGGCUGGAGGUGGAAGCCUUGGUCAGUACCAUAAAGGGGGCCCUGGCCUGCGUUCACCCGGACGUUCGGGCCUCUGCCUUUGCGCUGCUGGGGACCGUUUCGCUCUACGUGGGGGCCCCUCUCAGAGGGUUCUUCGAGGGCGAGAUGCUGCCCCUGCUCUCCCAAAUCGAUGCUGAGCUGGAGAAGAUGAAAGGGCAGAGCCCCCCUGCUCCCACCCGGGGCAGCUCCAAGCUCUGCCGGGGGAGUGGGGACGAGGGGAAGGCAGGGGACCCGCAGGGCCACGGUGGGGCUGAGCUCGUGGAUAUCCGCCCCAGGAUCACCUCAGCGCUGGUGGCGAAGAUGCAGGCCAGGAACGGGGCGACCCGGCAGGAGGGCCUGGAGGAGGUGGCGGGCAUCCUCAGCAGCGCCGGGCGCAUCCAGCCCCACGUGGGAGACCUCCCCGCUGCCCUGAGGGCUUGCCUUCAGGACCCCGACCCCGCCCUGGUGCAGCAGACCUUGAGCAUCCUCCGGAGCCUGGCUCCUGCCAUGGGCCCGGGCAUCAGGCAGCAGGUGAGGGGGCUGGGCCUCCCCUUGGUCGCCCUCUUCAGAGACAGCAAGAGCCACGUGCGCGCCGUGGCCCUGGUGGCCGUGAACGCCUGGGCCGAGCAGCUCAGCACGCAGGACUGGCUGGAGGGGGAGGCCUCCGGGGAGGAGCGGAGGGAGGGAGACGCUUUCCAAAGGCAAGAGCUGCUGGGCUGGCUGGCGGAGAGGCUGCCGGCUCUCCGGGCCGCCCCCUCAGACCUGCGGCGGGGCGUCCCUCACCUCUACGCCUGCUUGGGAGACGGCAACGGCCACGUACGGAAGGCGGCCCAGGAAGCCCUGCCCUUCUUCAUGAUGCACCUGGGGUCUGAGGAGAUGGCCGACGCCGCAGGCCAGCUCAAGCCGGCGACCAGGGACCACGUCGUGGCUUUGCGGGAGGCAGCCACCGCCAACCCACCAGCCAAGCCCCCCGGGCCUGCUAAGUUGCCUUCCCGGCUGCCACGGGUCACAGCCAUCCCGGCCUUCACCUCAGCCUCAGCCUUGUCCCACCAGGCCCCGGCCUCUCCGUCCCCAGCCCCUCCUGGAGACGCGGUGCCCGGCAGUACCCCGGCACAGAAGCCUCGGCCCAAAGACGCCACCGCAGGCUCAGCGGCCGUGAGCGUCAGAGGUGGGCCGGAGGGAGGCAAAGCGCCACUAAAGGCCAGCCAGAAGGACGGGGCCAACAAGCCGAGUCCCAUUUUUAUCAUCGUCCCCCAUGGGAAAGAGCAGAGGGCGAAGGACGAGAGAGGGCGGAAGGUGCUGAGGUGGAAUUUCGCCGCCCCCAGCCCCAAGUACACGGAGCAGCUGAAGGCUCAGAUGGGCCCCUGCGUGUCCAGUUGGCUGCAGGAGGAGCUGUUUCAUUCCAGCUUCCAGCACCACAUCAAAGCUUUGACCGUCCUGGCCAAGCACCUGGAGGAGGAGAAGGACGGGGUCAUCAGCUGCCUGGACCUGAUGCUGAAGUGGAUCACGCUGCGGUUCUUCGACAACAACACCUGGGUGCUGACCAAGAGCCUGGAGUACCUCAAGCUGCUGUUUGCCGUGCUGCGCCGAGAGAAAUACCAGCUGACCGAGAACGAGGCAGCCUCCUUCCUCCCCUACAUGGUCAUGAAGCUGGGCGAGACCAAAGAGGUGAUCCUCAGGGAGGUGCAGGCGGUUUUGAAGAGGGCGUGCUGGGUCUACCCGGCUAAGAAGAUGUUCAGCUUCGUCAUGGAAGGGGUCAGGUCCAAGAGCGCCAAGCAGCAGGCGGGGUGCCUGGCGCAGUUGGGCUACCUGGUCCAGGCGUACGGCGUGGACGUGUGCCAGCCCAGCCCGGCCAAAGCGUUGAAGGCGAUCGCGGCCCUCCUCGGAGAUCAAGAUGCCGCCACGCGCACCGCGGCCUUGAAUGUCAUCGUGGCGGCUCACCGCCUGCAGGGGGAAAGGGUGCUCAAGCUGACUGGGAAUCUCUCCGAGAAACACAUGAGGCUGCUAGAGAAAAGCCUGGAGCAGGCAGCUGACAGGCCGGCAGGUUCGCGGGCGCCCCAGGCCCAGGAGAGACGGACGCAUGUUCUGAGCAGCAAUGGCCGCCGGGGGACAGCGGCCGAGCCCAGCUGUGCCUACAGCACGGGGGCGGACGUAGAGGCGACACAGCCUCCACCCGCCUCCGGGCACCCCCCCGGCCUCCACAGCACCGUCGCCUCCACCAUCAACUUCAUUAUCCACCACGUCGCCAGCGGCGACGUCGACACCAUCAUCCAAGCCCUGGCCCAGAUCGACGAGAUCCUCAAGCAAGAGGACAAGGUGGAGGCCAUGUCCGGCCACAUCAACCAGUUCCUCAUCGCCACCUUGCGGCAGACGGAGAGCCUGGCCCGGGAGGCCUCCACGGGGGUGCUGAAGGACUUGCUCCACAGCCUCAUCACCCUGAUGCUGGAUUCCCUGGUGGAGGAUCUGGAGGAAGGGCAAGAGCUCUCUGGCUGCAUCCUCCGGAACAUGACGCUGCUCUUCCAGACGGAGAGCCUGGCCCGGGAGGCCUCCACGGGGGUGCUGAAGGACUUGCUCCACAGCCUCAUCACCCUGAUGCUGGAUUCCCUGGUGGAGGAUCUGGAGGAAGGGCAAGAGGUGGUCCAGUCCAUCAAUCUCCUCAUGAAGAAGGUCCUGGAGCAGUCGGACCAGACUCGACUCUUCAGCGCCUUGCUCUCCCUGCUCCAGGAUAGCUUGACGGCCGCAGCCAGCCCGCCCAAGUUCCCCGAGCUGGUGGCCAAGUGUCUGUGGAGAAUCACGCAGCUUCUCCCUCGGACCAUCAGCACCGUCCACCUGGACCAGCUCCUCCUGGACCUCCACCUCUUCCUGAAGGCGCUCCCCCCAGAAACACUGAAGCAGUGCCCAAGCCAGGCCCCCCUCAGGGCCCUGAAAACGCUGCUGCACACCCUGGGCAGGCUGGCAGGGCCUGAGGUGCUGGACCACCUCACCAUGAUCGAGAACAAAGGCGAGUCGGAGCUGGAGGCCCACCUGUGCCGGGCGGUGAGGCUGUCCUCCCCCCCGCAGGCUGCCGGCGAGACCGACACCGAGGCCGCGCAGGGGGUCUUCCGUGCAGCCGGCAAGGCAGCGAAGGGCAAAGUCAACGACAUCUUGGCGGCCAUCUUUAAGAAGAUCGGCUGCAAGGAGACGGCGCGGGAGGGGCUGGAGGAGCUGUACGAAUACAAGAGGAAGUGCCCCGAGGAGGACUUGGAGCCCUUCCUGGAAAACUUCUCCCUCCUCUUCCGCAGCUACGUCAAGCACGGCCUGGCGGUGAUGGGCAUGGAGCGAGAGGGCAAACAGCGGCUUUCUCCAGGCACAGGAAUCCCCCUUUCGGCCCGGGUCCCCUCCCCCACGCGGACAGCCUCCUCCCCAGACGGGCGUGCCAACGGGGAGGCGGUGGGGCCAUCCUUCUGCCUCAGCCGGCUGAAACUGAUGCGCCGGCGGUGUGGCGGCACCAAGUCCUGCAGCCAGCUCCCCCUCCCCCGGCGACCGCCAAAGCCAGAAGACCCCCUGAGCCUGGUCUCCCGCGAGAAGCUCGGCAGCAAACUCCCCCGGUACGUGAAGACCCAAGAUCAGAAAUAGCCCCUUGGAGGAGGCUGCUUUUUGAGUGUUUCUCUGCUGCUUUGGCACCAGCCUCUUCCCCAUCAGCCACCACCCAUGAUGAGAACGCACAAUAAAAAAAGCAAUAU